AACAAAUACUCAAAUAUGGCAAAGAAUGAACCUAAAAUUCAAGCUAACAAUGACAUGGAGAAGAAAAUUAUGGAGGAAUUUGAAGUAUUCGAUCAUUCAGGGAAGCAAGUAGUUGACGUGCGUGAAAUAGGCACUAUACUGCGAUCUCUGGGGUGUUGCCCAACGGAAGCAGAAGUGCAGGAAGUGAUACUGGCCACAGAGAACAAGGAAGCCACCGGAAACGUUCCUCUCAGCAACUUCCUUCCGUACAUGUGCAAAGUGUUGAUGGAGCACAGGUUCUACCCCGCUAGCGCAGAGAUGCUACUAGCCGCCUUCCGUUAUUUUGACGAGGAAGGCCGCGGGUACCUCACCAAGGAGAGGUUCACCAAGCUCAUGUUGGAGGAGGGAGAGUGUUUUACUCAGGAGGAAUUUGAUGAAAUGAUGCAGAUAGCCCUUGAUCCAGUCACGGACACCAUCACCUACGAAUACUACAUCAACCAGCUCAUGGUAGCCCCAAAGAUUGCGUAUGAUAUAGCUGACGCCCACGUGGCAGAACUCAAGAGAUUGGAAGCCGCUGCACCUAAGAAGAGACGCGCCUCUGAUUUACUUCGGGGAACUGGGGCUUGAAAUGCAUGGUCGAAGAGGACAUUCCUGACACAACAGAAAAAUCAAAAUAAUUCAUGAAUACUCAACGUAAACAAAAUACUAAAGGAAUAAAAUUACAGCGUAAUCA